AUGUUCUCCCGCUUCCACCAUCGGCGAGGGGCGUCGAACUCAACGCCGACAUCCCCUAUACCACCCGGCACCGAUCAAUUGACAGCAUGGGAGCCGCCUGACCUGCAAUACAAGCAGCAACCGCAGCACUCCGUCGCACAGCGGCCGCUAUCGACGGGCAGUAUGGGCGAUGCAACAGUCACGGCGGCAGCUUCGGCCGUAGGCAACACGGCAGGGGCAACUACUUCGACAGGAACAACAGCAGCGCCCUCCGCGUCCAACAUGCCUCCGUCUCUCCCACCGAUCACCCGUGUCGCGUCUUCUAUUGGGACCUCGUCCGACGCCGACUACAACUUCCUCAGCGACCCGGCCGCGAAACCGAAUCUCCCUCCUGCCGGCCCAUCCUACUCUGCGCCGUCGACCUCGCUCGGCCACCGACGAACUCCUUACCAAUCGACACAGCCUAACGUGCACUCGACGCCGCGCAUCUACUCUCCACCUCAGAUCAACGAACCCUCUCCCCAGCCCCAGCCAGCGACAACGAGCGAGUCCGGCUUUAUCGGCGGUGUUGCUCUGGCGAAUCUCCGGCGGCACGGUGCACAAGAUCUGUCGACGGCUGCGGCAACAGCAGCAACAGUGAAUGCGUCGAAGCGGCCGUCCUCUUCUCUGUCCAACGUGGCAGCGUCGCCAACAUCCACAGCCAUGUCCUCGCCCGCAGUGUACGGCACGCCCGAGCGACGCAUGUCCCGCUCCAAACCGCCUCCUCCGCCGAUCAACACGAACCUCGCAUCGCGGCAAUAUCUAUCAGCACAAGGCGCCAACGGCGGCAAGGACCCGCGUUCGGGCAGCAAGUCAGCAACGUCCUUUGUCACGCCAACAGAUCUCAAGUCGUCCGCUGCCGCAGCUGCGGCAGCAGCCGCAACAGCCGCAAAUAUCGCCAACGAAGCGUACAACCAAAGCUCUCGAACUUCCCACGGUGCAACAAGCAGCAGCGCGGCGAGUGCGGCCGCUGCUGCGAAUGCUCGGACAAAGAAGAGCCUACCCUUUCUGCGGAAAAACCCCGUGUCUACUUUACUUGGCCGCCGCAAGACCGGGGUAGGUGGUUCCGAUGUCACCGGCCUGUCGAAUGCCAACGCCGACGGGCCGGUUUAUGUGCCCAUCCGUGGCACACGCGUUCACGAUUUUAGUGCGCCCGGACCACGCCGUGCGGUUCCACCGGAUGCGCCUGCGGUCACCACAUCGGCUGCGGCCGCAGCGGCUAUGGCUGCCAUUGCCAAUGUCGGUGGCAGCCCCCGCCCUAAUUCGGCGACCAGUCCUUCUUCGAAACAGGCGCCCGUUCCUUCGCAGAUCCCCAACAACAUACCUUCCUCCUCAAAUGUAGGCUCCGCCGGCGUCGAUACUGCACCACCGCAGCUGAGGUCCACAGACAUAAGCUCCGCACGGCUGUCUCACUCGACACCGCAGCCGACGUCAUCUUCUUCUUCCUACCCGUCCAGCCGAAACUCGUCGGUUACACCAGACGCAACACAAAAUUCCGUGGCCCCAUUACCAAAACUAGGACAAGGACAAGGUCCAGCAGAGACACAGAUACAGACACAGACACUAGUACAGGCACACAUACAACCACAGGGACAACCACAGGGACAACCGCAGGGACAACCACAGCCGAUGGCGGAGCAGCGAGGCGGCCCCAUCCACAUGCCCUCCCAGAACACCCUGCAAACCCUCCAGGAAAACCGCACGCUUUCAUUUGGCGAGAAGCCCCUGCCAGAGCGACCCACCACCAGUGACGGUCCUUCCUCGUCCUCUGUGCGAACCGCGUCGACCUCUGCGCGAUCGCGUGUUGUCUCGGCCGAUGUCGCGUCCCUCUUGAAAUCGUCGCCCUCCACAGGCACCACACGGUCGCACAAUGUGUCCUUAUCCGACGAUCUGUCGCCCAACACCAACACCACCGACAACGCAGACACAAACGAUACCACUAGCGGCCUGCCAUCGACCUCGGCCACCACGCCCGCGUCGGUGGCCUCGGUGGCUGCGUCUGCGCUGCCGAAGCAUAUGAAGAGCACCUCCUCCCGCUUUAGUUUUAUGAUUGGCUCAGCCAGCGAGGAGAAAAUGCUUGAGGAGCGCCACCGGCAGAAGCAAGCCGAGAAAAAGGCCACAGGCGGCGGCGGCGACGGUUCCGACGACGAUGGCAUGGGCACGCGCGACUCGCGCUUUGACGAUUUGGACGACGACGGCUACGACUACGACGCCAUGAUGGACGACGAUGGUCUCGAGGAGCGCAUACCGGGCGUCAACGCCGACGCCGACGAAUACGAAGAAGACGAUGCCCAUCUGUUCCGCUCGGAGGACGAUUACGAAGAAGAGAUUCCCCACAGCGGACUGGACGAAGAGGACGUUUCCGAGACGGGUCUCGGCGGGCUGAGUCUUGAUGAUGAGCCCACGUUGCACAUCGAGGCCGAAGACGACGAUCCAGAAGGCGUGGACCCGGACAACGACCAAGAGAAUUUCGCUGGCUUCGUCUUCCAGCGCUCCAACCCCGCCUCGUCCCUGGUGAGCCCGACCAGUGCUGGUGUUACGGCUACGCCGCGUGAUGCAGCCGGUCGUGUGAUUGGCUUUGCCCUAACGAUAGAUGCGACACCCGACAACUACCCUCCCUCCGCCUCGUCGCUCUCGUCUCUCGAUCCCCACGGCGUUGCCGAUACCGUUGUGCCAAACACUGGAGCGAGCGCAGAAACAAAUACCGCCAAGAAACCGGAAGUUGGGCACUCUUUGCUCUCGAAUGAUGAUGUACAUACGCGUUACGAGGAGCAAGAAUACGAGGCGUUUAAUGGUGACGACUACGGAGGUGAUGACUCCCACGAGGACAUGGACCAGUACGAAAACGAGGUCGACAAUGUCGAACUUACGGUCACCUUGCAACCCCAGCCAACGACCGUUAACUACAAUACCGUAGCGCAGCCCAACCCUGCCUCGAACCCGACCUCCUAUGGCGACGACCUCUACUACGACCAGGGCCUCGCCGACGAGCUCAACUUUGGCCAGACAGAAUCGUCCGGUGCUGUGUUUGACGAGUCCAUCUUUGAUCUCGACGACACGGACGAAUACGGUCGUCCGAUCCCCGGUGCCUUUGCCGCGGCCCAAGCGGCCCAACGCGCCGCCAUGGCUGCUGCUAUCGAAGCCGCCUCGUCUGGUCCAGCCUCGGGCUCCGCGCGACACGAAUCCGAUGUGCCGUCGUCUGAGUUGUCUGACAAGUCUCCAGACGCCGACUCGACCGCUCAUACAUCGAUGAGUGUGGCCGGCAUGGCACACGGCAGGAAUGACAGACACGGACCGAUGGCCCCGACGCAGUCGACGCAGACUACGGACUCCCCGUCCGUCCCCCUGCUCUCCUCUCAGUUUGCACCUGUCCGCAAGAGCGAAGACUCGUUGACAGCCCUGCGCCGGCAGCUACCGCCUAUCAUGACCGAUGCCGAGCGCGUUGACGCAUACCAGGCAGCUCUGGCCGCCGCUGCCUAUAAGGCUGCCGCCUCGGGCAAGUUCCGUCGUGACUCGUCGUCGACCCGCUUCUCCCCGGAGCCGACCAGCUCGCCCCCGGCGUUUGACAUGGACGACAUUCGAGGUACUGGUCUGGGUCUGCAAGGACAGACCCUAGAUGCGGACGGCGGCGUCGUUGAGGUCUCGUCACCCGUUGCCACUGCUGCACAAGUGCUGGGAUCGGAUGGAGGCCUUGCAGGUCUGCCGGGCCCGGGCUCCGCCUCCCACCUGGCGUACGCUUUCACCAGUGAGCGCGACAUGGACUAUCAGUAUGACUUUGAUGACGACACUGGUGCAUACACGCAGGAUAUGGAUGACUAUGAUCUCGAUGACGACGCUAUUAUCGCCGAAGCGAACGCCGAGGUUCUGGCCAACGACAUGGAUGGAUUCUACGGCCAGGAGUUCAAUUUUUACUCGGCCCCGCUCCCGCAGUCGUCACGCAACAACAACAGCCACGGUAGUAGCAGCAACAGCAACAAUAACAAGAAUGCCGACAUAGACCGGAUCCAGUAUGCGAAUGGCGGCUAUUUUAUUCCUGAUGGCAUCGGCCGUAGCACGUCUGGCCGCGUUGUGUCCCGCGAGCCCAACCUCACGCCCAUCACAGAGCGCUCCGAGUACUCUAACCGUAACAGCGUUAUGUCUCUGGCGGUGCCGCCAUACGGAAGCAGCAGCGAACUCCGCUCGCCUGGGCUGGCGCAGCUUGCCCUGCUGGCUGAGGGUGACAACAGCGACCUCAGCCUGUCGGCACUGCUGCGCCUGCGGAGCCGGACCUUUGGUGGCAGCAGUGUCAGCUCGAGCCGCGAGGGCAGCCCCAUGCUCAUGCAGAGCAAAGAUAAGGACCUCCGCGAACGCGGCGACCGCGACAAUGCCUCGUCGCCCUUUCCUGGACCGACGGCGUCGCAGCUUCAGUUGGUCUCCAAACAGUACCCCCUGCCGGCGCAGUACCACCACCGCACGGCCUCGGGUGGCGGCAGUGGCAGUGGCAGUGGCGGUGGCGGUGGCGGCAUCACCUAUUCGCCUCGCGGUGCGGCGGGCAGCGACCUUAACUCAGACAACGGCAGUGAGUGCGGCAGCCCGACGCUCACGAACCUGCACCCCGGGACCAGUGGUGGCGGAGGUGGCAGUGGCUAUGGUGCUAACAACAUGUUGCCGUUGCCGACAUCGCCGAUCCCUCCGGCGAGCAGUUUCCCUCCGGUGAUGGAGGAGGACGACGAGAUGCUCGAGAUGACCGAGGCCAUGCCUGAGACUGCCGAGAUCGGUGGGGCGGACGCAGAAGCGCACGCGGUGGCGGACACAGCGGUGGUGGGCCAGUCGGAUGUGGGGGGCGGCCAGAGUGCCAUCAGCUCGGCUUCGGGGUCCAUGCUCUGGAUGCACAACCCGUUGCAGCGCAGCGGCAGUGCCCGUACCAAUACGAACACAGGCCACGGCUACGGCACCGGCACCAGCGAGAACAACACCGUCCUGCCCGAGGACCAGCGCCAGCAGCUGCGCCUCAAACAAAUGCACGACUCGGAGGUCUUGGACCUGGAGCAGCAGCUGCAGGUCAAGGCGCGCGAGACGGAGCAGAUGCAGAAACAGCUGGAGUGGUUGAGGACGCAGCAACAUCUGCUUCAACAACAGCAGCUGCAGCAACAGCAACAGCAACAGCCACAGCCGCUGCCACAACAACAGCAGCAGCCGACAGCGGACGCAUCGCCCAUCUCCCCCGCCCGUGGUCCGCCACCGCCCAUCCCUCCCAUGUCGUCGCGCCGUCCGGGCAGAGGCCACGGCCACCGCCAUAAGGGGUCCUCGGACAGCAUAUCGUACGUCAAGGAAGAAGAGGCCGAGAGCAGCGAGAGCCGGUGGGUGAUGGAGCGGCGGCGGCUGGCCGAGACGGGCGAGGUCGAGCUGUUGGAGCGCGAAGUGGUCAAGAGGAUAUGA